AAGCGGCACAUAGUGCCUUGUUAAAACGGGCUCAAGAGCUCAUUAGCAAACCAGUUGAGACGAUUCGAACGCGCAUAUCCUUCCGCUUAACAUUAAGGAAUAUCUCCAUCUGAUUUCUAAGUACGCUGCACUUCACGUGUGUCAUAGAUCCGAGUUUAAAAUGAGUCGGUAAUAUAUUAGCACAUUGACCUCGGAAGCUGUCUGACCUAGCGAUCUAGGUCAUGCGAGUCUCGAACUAUUAUAACAGUUAUCCCGAUUUGAUGGUGUCACCAUCACACAGUUGACAAACAGAAGCAGGAUUGUGGUGGAUUAAGACCGUGUCAACAGGUGUCUGUUCGGAAGGAAAAGUUUAGUGUUGAGCGAGCCGGCGUUUAACCCACGCGGAAUCCACAGAUCUCGUGAGAUUAGUGAAGCGUGGUCCUCAGGAGCAGACUAUUGCUAGUGAUGAAUAUGCAUCGGCUUCAACUGUACAGAAAAAGGUGACAUUCUGAACCACUUUGACGGUUUAUGUGUUACGCGACUCUGAAAAGACGUCGCGCUCACGGAAUAUUUCAUAAUAGACUGCUGUCGUCAAUAAUUGUGUUUGACGUCUUUCCUGAGAAACACAAAAGUUUGGACAUAUAUCACAUUUCCUCUCACAUUAACAUUCCACAAGUUGUGUACAAGUUAGGAAAUGGAGAUUAUUACGUCUGUGCUUGUGUGUAUUGCAAUCCUGCUGAUGAAAACAUUAUGGAGAAUGAAGAAAUCGAAAAAGACUCAUUUGCCAGGGCCUCCAACAUUAGAAGCCUUUAAAAGUCUCCUAAAUACGUCCUCGACGACGGGUCUUCACGUCGCUGUCACCGACUGGGCUAAGGAAUACGGCGACAUCCUGGCGCUCAAACUCCCCGGUCAAGCCAUCGUCUUUCUCAACGAUGCCGACGUUGUCAAAGAGGUGUUUAGCUCGGAGGUUAACAAAAAAGUGACGAAUGACAGGCAAGGUACUUUUGCGACCAAGUUUGUCUUUGACAAUGGUUCCUUGGGGUUUCUGCAGGCGGGACAAGAGCAUUCCCGUUUGCGUCGUCUCUUCCACGCGUCGCUCCACCUGUUCGGCGAGGGGGUCGAAGCUUAUGAGACACACGCCGGGGAUGAGAUGAACCAUGUGGUCAAUGAGAUUGGUCAGCAAACUCAAGUGGAUCUCGAGAAGGUCCUCUCUACUUCCUUAAUGAACUGUCUUCAUAUCUUGUUAAUUGGACGACGUGCCGAGGGCGAGGCGCCGUCAUUGUCCGCCAUGUUGGAUUUCAACAACGCCAUGAACAAACUUCUGCGGUAUGAACUGGACGCGACGCUGACGAUGUUUCCGUUCCUCCGCCUCAUACCUGGUUAUUACAAAGGCAUCUGCGACGACGUGCACGAAUCCAAGACACGGUUACUUCACCACUUCUUCGAACAAACCAAGAAUGAAUUCAAUGCUGAGCUGGGACAAGGUUUCAUAUACAACGUCCUCACCGAGCAAGCCCGCGGGGAGGGAAGCAAAAAGGCUGGGAUCACCGACAGUCAAAUCAAAUGUUUUAUACUGGAUUUUCUCAACGCAGGCUACGUGACGACACGUGGGGCUCUGCUGGGUACAAUGCUCUGCCUCAUCAACCACCAGGACGUACAACAGAACAUGUACAAGGAACUGCGAACGCAGAUCGGUUCAAGGGAGGUAACUCUAGAAGAUCGUCCGAAACUGCCUUACCUUGAGGCCGUGAUUCUUGAAGCCCUGCGCUAUACCAGCCACACCCCUUUCAGUAUCCCCCACCUCAGCCGCGGGGACAUAGAGACACGAGGGUACACGAUACCCAAGGGCACCCUGUUGGUAGCCAACUUGUGGAACAUCCACCAUGAUUAUCGCGUGCACGAGGACCCCUGGGUCUUCCGUCCAGAAAGGUUUCUGGACACUGCUGGCCAGCUGCUGCCCAAAGAUCACCCCUUGAGGAGAAAAUCUAUCCCUUUUGGUAUUGGCAAGAGACGAUGUCCAGGCGAGAGCUUUGCGAAAAGCCGUUUGUUCAUGUAUGUCGCAACCUUGGUGCAAAAUUUCCAAUUCCAACCACUAGAGGGAGUCCGAGGUGCUUCCGCUGAUCCACGAACAUGGCGACCGGGUGUCAUCUUACAUCUGCCGGAAAUCGUCUGCAAAGUUGUGAAACGAAAUAACGUCAACUAACUGAAAAGGCGCGCUGGGGAUUUGAAAGUAUCUCCGGAAGCUUAACUUUACAUGAGGCUGAAACAUAAUAACAAAGUGUGCUGGGACAAUGACUCUUAAGACACUUUUGUGGGCUUCUUGGUGUGAGGUUGUUGCUGGUAUUGCCUGUGAAACAAGACUUCAUGACAUUGAAACAGCCAUAGGUCCAUUUGGUCGCUAUGACUUGAAUAGGCACAGAAAGACAACGACAAGAGUGCACAUCCCCGCUGAUACAGUGUCUAAGGAUCCACUUUUACUUUGUAAAUCGUAUCAGUUCAUAGUUUUGAGAUGCAUUAAUCAGAGGUAAAGCAUGCCUUUUGGUACCCAAAUACUUUAUACUCACGAAAGGUGUAACCAUUCACACUGCAAUAUACAUGGCUGUAGAACAGCGGCAGUUGUAAAGUUCUCCGCUGCAUGUUUACAGGAAGAAAAAUUAUGGAUGUCAACUUCUUUAUUAUGAGGAACACAACGUUUCGGAGUACAUGCUUACUCCCUGAUUUUUCUUCCUUAUGUGUAUCACUUCCAAAUGCCUUACAAGGACCUGCAUGUUUACAGUUCUCAAGAGCUGCUUAGAAGAUAAUUGGAUUUAGCGUAGAUGAAAUACAAAGUAAUAUUUAUAUAUGUAUAUGUAUAUAUUGAAGUUGAAUGUACAGACAUGUAUAUCCUUUGAAUUGCGUCCCUUAGCCAUGCCAGGAUUCGCUGGUCAUUGGUUCGAGUCACAGAUUCACCCCAAUUAUGAUCCUUGGUCUGUCAACACCAUACCCGUGAUCGGGGGUUUCACCAAAGUUGUAAAGGUCUGUGGCUUGCACCUCUAUGCGAUUACCACCCCCCUCCACCCCCCCCCCCCCCCCCCCUUACAUUAAGCUGGUACCUCCUUUUAAUUAUAACUGACGUAGUACAGAUCAAAGCAACACAUUUACUCCUCCUUUUGAAUGGGUUGCCGUUAUGCUUCAUGCGUUUCUCAAGGGCAGCAGUGUAAUAUAUAUACAUGUAUGUAUCGACAAUUUGAAGCACAAACAAUGCAUUAGUUCAUAUGAGACUGUAUUAUUGUACCAAUAAAUAUUGACAAAACUU